GAGAUUUUGCCAAAACACCGACCGGAAUCCAAAUCAACAAAUAAACAUUUUUAUGUCACCUUUUUCAACUUUGUACAAAAUUUCUCUGUGAAAUGAAUCAAAUACAAAGACUACAUAUAAGAUACCGGCAAAUAACAUUGAGUGCGGCCAGAUUAUGGGUACGUUUCACCAGUGAUCAGGGAUGCGCCAAGCAAAAAGCAAGUAAUCUAUGUAAACAGGAAGCAGAGAAAUUUAAGAAGGUCAGUGAUACAGACAAGCCAGAGAGCCAACGCCCGAAAGUCACUCGAAUAGAUGGUGAUGGAGUUGGUUGUGAAAUGAUUGAAUCAUUGGUCAAGGUUUUUUCCACCGUACAAGUACCAAUCGAUUGGGAUGUCUUUCAUGAGCAUAAAAUAAAUUCCGCGGAAGGCGAGGACGUCUCGCCCAAAUUGCUGGAGUCCCUAUGUCGAAAUAAAAUAGGCAUUAAGGGUCCAUUCGAGAGUGGUCCUUGUCUCAGAAAAUUGCGCAAAAAAUUUCAAUUAUUUGCCUUUGUGGCAGUGUGUCGGAAUCUGGAAGGGCAGAAUACUCGAUACGGCAAAUUGGAUUGUCUGAUAAUACGCGAUCAGGUGGAGGGCGAAUAUUCUGGUAUUGAGCAUCGUGUAGUACCUGGUGUUAUGCAAACCAUUAAAGUAAGCACAGCUGAGGGUGCCGAUCGCAUGGCCAGAUAUGUCUUUGAAUAUGCCAAAAAGAAUAAUCGUAAGAAGAUCACAGUGGCCCAUAAGGCAAACAUUAUGCGAUUAACAGAUGGCACCUUCUUAUCGCCAAUGCGCAGAGAGGCAGCCAAGUAUCAAGAUGAUAUAAUGUUUGAAGAACGCUACCUGGAUACAGUAUGCCUGGCCAUGUUGAUGAAACCGGAGAGAAAGGAUGUUCUUGUUGCCUCUAGCAUGUAUGGAGAUGUGUUGACCUUUAUGGCUGCCAGCAUAAUGGGCGGGCCAGCUUUAUGCCCCGGCUUUGCUGUCGGUCCCAUGGGAUUGAUCUAUGAGCCAAUAAUACAUACGAAUACAAAUAUAGCCGGCAAGGAUAUAGUCAAUCCAACAGGCAUGCUGCUCUCUGGUGUACUAAUGUUGCGUGAGAUGAAAUUGAAUGAAUACGCUGAUAAAAUUUGCUGCGCCGUGAGUACCGUCUUUAGGGAGACCGAUUGUCGGACAAAAGAUCUUGGCGGUAAGGCAAAGUGCUCGGAAUUCACUCAACUUGUGUGCGAUUGCCUACCUCAAAGUUGAAAAAACAAUAAGUUCAUUCUUUAGAUUAAACAAAAUAAUCAAAAUAAACUUCUGCUGAAACAAUUUA